AUGGAUGGGAGUAUGUCAGAGACGGAUUUGGGGAUGGGUUUUAUUGAACAGUGGGAUUGGCAGCGGUUUAGGGAGGCCGAAAGUAUGGAGCUGGAGGAUGAAGAGGAUGGUGCGAUGCAGACGCAAGUGAGCGUUCAGAAUGGAGAAGAGAUGAGGGAGACGACAGGAGAUGCUCGUCGCAUGAGAAGGGCUGGUGAGCUCGAUCAGGGGGGAUUACAGAGUAUGGUUUUACCACAGUAUGAUGGGCCGGCUGAUGAUGAGGAUGUGGUUGGGGAAAACGGAUCAGUAUCAAAAACUGGCAUCGAUGAUAUUGAUGUAAGAUCGCGCCAAGAGAUUUUGCUACAAUGCGAUGACCAGGCUGUAUCCAGAUCGAAAACCGGGAGCGGAGAUGUCGAUGUGAGCUCUCGACGUGAUGCUACAGCAGCCUCAAAUAUACCUACGGAGGAAGAGUUGAACAAAAACGCUCCCGUGGCCCAAAAGCAAAGAAUGGUUGCUGAAGACGUUGAGCCGUACAAGAAAGAGGGUGGGGUGAUUUCGGAGAAACGCGAUGAUACGGCAGAUGAGCAAGAAGACCAAGAGAUGAAUCUAGCUGGUGAUAAAAGCAUUCCGGAUUUCCCUGGAGCCGAGAUUAGCGAUCAAGAAUUGGUCAAAGUUGAUGAAUCAGCUCUACUCGAGAAAAGUCGUAAGAAUACUAUAGAGUCAAUCACAUCAACUACUGAAAUGGCAAUCGACUCUAGUCUCAUCGCGGAUGUUGAUUCUUCCGGGGGACACAAGUAUUUUGAAGAACAAAUCUACGACAAGUCAGAUGAUAAGAUUAAGGAUUCGGGAUUAGGCAGCGAGAAUACUGCGUCGGAGAGGGGCAACGACAUCUUGAACUCGGAAAAGGCUAUCAUCGAGAUGAGAGCUGGGUCAGUAAUUGAUACACCUAUCGAUGAAGAGAACAAUCAAAUCGGAGAGAUUCGCGGCAAUGUUCCAACUUCGAACACUACUUGUUCCGAAACGACUGUUGAGACUGAAAUGAUUGUUGACAAAGACGCAAAUUCUGGAAACGAACAUCAUGGUACCGAAAUCAUUACCAGCGGGUUCCUGAGUAAUGGAGAUUUGAGGGACCUUGAAGGGAAGCCAAGCUCAAUAUCUAUUCUGGAACAAUCACUUGUUAAAUCCGCACCCCAAGACAGUUUUUCCGAAGGAGUCCCGUCAAUAGAUGAGAAUAUUAUGAAUGCCGCGAAUAUGGACAAUAUGCCAAAUCUCACGCAUAUUCAAGAUCCCAUAAUUCCUAGUCAACUACCUGUGGAUGAUGACAGCUUGAAUGAUGUUGAAUUGCCUUCACUUUCCAGAUUGGAAGCUCCAGUACAGCCCACACACGUAGAAAUUCCGGAUAGUGAUGCGAUCACAGAAUCAAGUCAACAAUCUCCGCAAAAACUCAGCCAUAAUAGAAACACAUUCGAAAACUCGGUGAAAUAUGGAAAGAAUGUGGAAAUGGACACAGGAGUCGAUGCGGUUAGAGAAGAAAAUGAGGAUGCAGAGGUCGAAGACGUUAUGAGCUCGUUUGGGAGAGAAUGUGCCACAAGCUCAAUCGACCCAAAGAAAAUUCUUAAAGAGCUAGAAAUGAACGAAUCCGAAACUUCACAGAAUGGAAUAGAUGAUUUCGAAGAGAUUGAAGAGUCGGCUGAGCGUGCGCCGAUUGGUUGUUCCGGGAAAGUGGAGGAGGAUUCUAGAGCCGACGAAGGUGAUAUAGAUAUUCAGCUGUCUACCACUCAGAUAUCACCGCAAAAACCAACAAAUAGAAGGGGUCAACCACCAGGAAUAAGAAGAUCUAAAAUGGCCAACAGUCAAGCUGACGAAGAAGGUAUUGAGAGCAAAGCAAUGCUUGUCGAAGCUAGCCCAGAUAAGCCGAUGAGUGUGGAGGACGAGGAAGACUUGAGUGUAAGCAGUCCCGUGGCCGAGAGGAAGAAACGAGGCAGACCAUCUACUAGGAAGAUUUCUGCAUUAUCUUUCGAUGAGCAUGUCGACAAACUAGAUGACGCAAUGAAGCACAUAGCUUCUACAAAUGCCACAGCAGAUGAUUCCUCUCCAAAUAGCCCCGCACCUGAAAAGAGGAAACGAGGACGACCAUCUAGUAGAAAGGUCUCUUUGUUAUCUGUUGAUGAGCUUGCCAUGGAAGAGGAUAAAGGAGCGGUGGAUCCACCAAAAAGCCAUGGAGCCAACAAAUCAGCCGAGACACAUUCAUCUCCCAGAAAACUCUCAGCAGACAAUUUAUAUUCAAGUAGCCCUACACCCGAGAAGAGUAAACGUGGAAGGCCAUCCGAGAGAAAAACUUCCACGUUAUCUACACUUACAAAUGAUGGUGAAGAUCUUAGGAGGGAGAAGACUUUGAUGGAUGAGGAUACUAUACAUUCGAAUGUCGGUCGCGAAUCGACAGAUGAAAUAACUGCGAAUUCGUCUUCACCUGUCAAGCGAAAGAGAGGAAGACCAGCUAGUAGAAAAUUUUCGGGCUUGAGUCCCGAGAAAACCAACACUGAAGAAGUUACCAGACGUGGUUCGAGUAACGUUUCAGUGAUUAUUCCCGGAGAUAUUGAAACGGAACAAGCUACGCCUAGUCACAAAUCUACUGAAAAGCAUAUUGCCAUCCCAUAUUCAUCGGCUAAGAGAAAGAGAGGAAGGCCCGCAGGACGUAAAUCUUCUGGGAUUGAAGCAGAACAUACAGAAGCUGAUGAGUUAUCAUACGAGGCUUCACCAUUGCCUGACAAUGAUGAUGAUGUAAAAGCCACUACAAACGUGGAAGCAAAUGAUGAUUCGGAUGAAAGCUCGUAUGUACGACCUAAAAAACGAGGUCGACCUGAUCGAAAGACAUCUGAACUGAAUUCCGAGAAGAUAUAUGUUAAUGAAGCUGUCAACAAAAGCUCUAGAAUUAUUGUAACGGAAGAGACCUUAGAGAGCAUUGCUAAGGAGUCUAUAGCCGAUGUUCAUUCCACUGAUGAACUAGCAGAUUUCGAUUUCUCACCAGUGAAGAGAAAGAGGGGAAGACCUGCUAGUCGAAAGGUAUCUCGACUAAGUCCGGAAAAGACAACUGUUGGCGAAAAUUUAGAGGAGACUCUCAAUAUCACAAAGAACGCUGUUAAUAAUGCUAGUAUCCGUGAGCCAGCAUCUGGGACGCAAUCAGUCGAUGAGCCGCAAAGUUUUGCCAAUACAUCACCCGAGAAGAAAAAGAGAGGCAGACCAAAUAGUCGUAAGGUCUCCGCAGUGACUAUUCCAAACAAUGGGUCCGUUGAACCUCCAUCAGCAAGUCAGGUUGUCAUUGCAUCGCAAGAAACCGUAGCCGCAAGCAUUGAUCAACCAGCUGUGAUCAGUUCUUCGCCAGAAAAAAGAAAAAGAGGCAGACCUUCCAAUCACAAAUCUUCUGGUGUCAGUAACGUGAACAAGGAUGUCGUUGGAACUGCCGAAGCAAGUUCCAGCAAUGCUGCUACAAAAACUUCCGACAAAGUUGUGGAUGCCGAUAUCAACGAAACUGCACCCGAUGCUAGCCUACCGGUCAACGCUUCACCCGAGAAGAGAAAAAGAGGUCGACCUGCCCGCAAAACUUCUAGCUUAAACCACGGGAAUGCUAUCGUGAAGGAUAUGUCGGAUGAUAUUAUUAGUAGUGGCAAGAAUAUUCUGACCGAGAUUUGCGACUCAGAUGAGGAAGGAGACGCGCUACUCGAUGAUUCGCCGCCUUCGAAAAAGGUUAAGCCUGAACCAAGGAAGAGAGGUCGACCAUCUGGAACUAAAGACUUGGGUGCCAGUAGUGAAGACACAAAAUCUGGCGAUGAAAAUUUGACAGGGGUAUUGAGAGGUAGGUCUAAGAGUGGUGGGAUAAACCAGGUGGUUGCACAGAUUGAGGAAAAGCCUCCUGCAUCAGAGAAGAAGAAACGAGGUCGACCCUCCGCAGCCAAACCUAGGCGAAUAAGUAAUAGCGAUUCUGAUAUUGCAGAGGGAGAACAACAAAUAACCGACAAAGUCGAGCUUCGUAGUAUUGAAAGUGAGGGCCUUGACGAGGAAGAAUCUGACGAACAAGAUGAGCCGGUGAUUGAGAAAAAGAAAAGGGGAAGACCAAGCUUACUCAAGAAUAAGGGGAAGCAGACUGCAAAGGCUGUAGAGCUUGUAGACCAAGAUGCCACUAUCAGUGAUAAGACAUCUAUCGCUGGUGAUACUAAGAACAAAGUAUCCGGAAGUCAAAUAUCUACAUCGUCAGACACUUCCUCCUCCCAACGCCAAGACGCUUUUUUAGCCGAGAUCAAAGCGAUGAAACUUACAUCAAUCCAAACACGUAACGCGAAUCUCAGAGCAGAGAUUGCACAAAAACGCGAAAAAAUACAGGAAAUCACGGAAGGGUUGGAGAAACCGGCGAAGCAAACGGUCAAGAGACAUAUCAAGUUGUUGCAUGAUUAUAAUGAUAUCAAGGAUGUGGGACAAGGAUUGCUGGGUAUGAUUGCCGAUAAUAGGGGCGUGAGGGUUGGGGAAUUGUAUGAGGAAUUUGGGGUGGGGAUUGCGGAUUAG